AAAUCGCAAAUUUUUGCCACUCUGCACCUUCAGGGAAAAGGAGAAGCAUAUUUUUGGCUCGGACUCCUUGAAAUUUUGGAAGAUAAAGUCUUGACUAGUAAUUGAGCCUUCUAAGUUGGAAUUUGAAAAUAUGGAAGAUCUUUCAAGUAACAGUGGCUUGAUCUCUAUAUAAUGGCAUGCUGGAGUGGAAAUAUCUUCACACUUCAACUGGCAAUAAGUUGAACCAGGCUUUGGUCAAUCUCCAUUAAAAAAACAGCAACCAUGCUUUGUGCUUGCUCUGGAGAACGAGAACGCAUCCAUUUUGAUGAAGUUCCUCAAUCGCCAGAGUCUCUAGCCACUAGGGACUUCUCUGUAAGUGGCCUUUCAUCAAGGACUGGAGAUUGGGAAGCAAAGGUUGACAUUAACCAACAAGUUGAUGAUGUAGAAUCAGCUUUGAGAGAGGGUCUCUCGUUAAAUUACGAGGAAGCUCGGGCAUUGUUAGGUCGUUUGGAAUAUCAAAGAGGAAACUUUGAUGCAGCACUGCAAGUGUUUCAGGGGAUUGAUGUACCAGCUUUGAGGCCAAGAAUGGUUAUGGCAAUUGCAGAAAGAAGUAAGCCAAGAAAACUUCGUUCUAAAGUGGAAAUCUUGCCAGUAAAUCUAAUGUCCUGGCAUUCAGUUAGUCUACUUCUGGAAGCAUUGUUUCUUAAAUCAAAGUCUCUGGAAGAACUUGGACGCUUAGAAGAUGCUGCUGCCGAAUGUAAAACUAUUAUUGACAUUGUUGAAUCUGCAUGGAAUAAUGGUGUACCUGUUGGUAUCGGAGCUGAGUGCAAGUUAAAAGAGAUUUUUCACAAAGCGCUUCAUUUACUUCCCCGACUCUGGCAACAGGCUGGUCUCCUUGAGGAUGCUGUUGCUGCCUAUCGCCGAGCUCUAACCAAGCCUUGGGAUUUAUCUCCUGAAAGAUGCGCCAGUCUUCAAAAAGAUUUGGCUAUUACUCUACUCUAUGGAGGAAGUGAAGUAAGCCUCCCUCCUCAUUUGCAACAAAACUAUGGAUCUCGAAGCCCCAAAAAUAACACAGAGGAAGCAAUUCUUUUGUUGUUCCUUCUCAUUGGAAAGGCAACAUCCCAGGAAAUAAGUUGGAAUGCUGAAGUAAUGGAUCAUCUUACUUUUGCACUGUCUUUUUCUGGACAGUUUGAAUCUUUGGCUGGCUAUGUUGAACACAUACUUCCUGGUAUGCAUAGUAGACGUGAAAGAUGGUAUCUUCUUGGACUCUGUUAUAGUGCUGCAGGUCUUGAUGAUCCUGCUUUAAAUCUUCUAAGAAAGGCUUUAGGCCCUUCAGAACAAAAGAAGAAAGAUCAUUUUCUAUCACUUGUUUUAGCUUCGAAGCUUUGUCUUAGAAAUCCUGCUCAUGCUGAUGAAGGUUUAGACUAUGCUAAGAGGGCAAUCAAAUGCUCCACUGAACAACAAAAGCAUCAUCUCAUUGGAGUUGCCAGUCAUUUGCUCGGGUCUUCUUAUAGACAUUGUGCUAAAUCCUUAAAAUCUGAUUCAGAAAGGUUAAAGUUAGAGAGAGAAUCAUUAAAUUCACUUAAAUAUGCCGAAAGCAUUGAGAAAAAUGAUGCACAUGUAAUUUACAGCAUUGCUUUGGAGCAUGCAAUGCAAAGGAAUCAUAACUUGGCUAGAGAAUAUACAAUCAGGUAUCUAAAUAUGGUGGCUGGUUGUUCUGUGAGGGGAUGGAAACUAUUAGCUCUUGUGGUAUCGGCCGAGCAGAAUCUUAAAGAGGCAGAAGCAAUAGUUGAUCUCUCCAUUGAUGAAUCUGGGAAAGUGGAACAGCUGGAGUUACUAAGGCUGAAAGCUAUCCUUCAGGUUUCUCAGGAAGAGCUCAAAGCUGCAGUAGAAACCUACAGGUUUCUACUUGCCAAUAUUCAGUCGCAGAGAGAAAAACAAUCAUGGCGUAACAACUGUGAGAUUGAAGCACAGCAACGACUUGAAAUGGAAACGUGGUUGGACUUGGCCUUUGUCUAUACCAAGCUUGAGCUAUGGGCUGAUUCUAAUAUUUGUCUGAAUAGAGCAAAAUCACUUGGAUUUUUUUCUCCCAGGACUUGGCAUGCAACAGGCAAUCUGUUUGAAGCUCAAUCAUUGCACAAGGAAGCUUUAGCUGCCUUUUCGAUGUCGCUCUCAAUAGAAUCAGAUCAUGUUCCAAGCAUGGUAUCUGCUGCAGCAGUUCUGAGGACCCUCGGCGAUCGGUCUUUGCCGAUCGCCCAGAGCUUCUUGAUGAAUUCUCUUCGAAUCGAGCCCACGAAUCAUGAUGCCUGGUUGAACCUCGGCUUUGUGGCCAAAAAGGAGGGAUCACUGCAGAAAGCUGCAGACUGCUUUCAGGCAGCUUAUGAACUCGGGUUGUCAUCUCCAGUUAUGAAAUUUAUGUGAGUACAUUUCAGCUUAGUAGAAAAAAGUUUGAUGUCUUCCAAUUUUUUCAUAAGCUUGUGUAUAGAUUAAUAAAAUUGCAGGCAUGUUGGGAGUCUAGAAAUAACCAUCUUGAGAUUGGUGAAUGUAGAUUGUGCGAGAAUCCUUGUUUUGAUAGUACAUGUGUGAAUAUAUUAGUUAGUUGGAAAUA